UGGCAACCAUACCGGCUCCCGCUGACAAACAGAGGUAGCAGUGAUUUGACUCAGCGACGAAAUCAACACUAAACUAGUGUUUAGCUGCUCCGUUUUCCUAUGUACAGUCUCCAAAUAACGCAGAAAGCAUGGACAGGUCUGGAUCAGUAGAGCUGGUGAUGGAGAAGGAGGAGGAGGAGGAGAAGGAGGAGGGAGAGAGGAUGGAGGAGAAGGAGGAGGAGCAGGAGGAAGAGGAGGAGGAGGAGGAUGAAGAGGAUGAAAUACCUGCAAGGGCCUUGGCGCUUGAAAUGGACAUUUCUGCCAGCCCAGCUUUCCAGUGUUUGGAUGAGAUGUUCUCCUCAGGCCAAGUCAGUGCAACGAAAGUAGCCAAGCUGAAGGCCAGCUAUCAGCUGCUACGAGACACCUUGAGAAGGGCCCUGGUGACGGAGGAUCUGCUCCUCCAGGAGGCCCAGGGGUCCCGGGCCAUGCUGAAGGAGCUGCGGGACCAGGAGGAGGAGGCGGAGGAGGAGCAGGUCGCCCCCUCGCCCCCCGCGGACGCCGAGGCCACCCGCCUGAGGCGGCAGCUCCUGCAGGCGCACAACGACGUGGAGCUGGCCAAGAACCUGGAGUGCACCCGCCGAUACACCCUGCAGCGUCUCCUGGAAGAGAAGCUGUGUUGGGAGAAGGAGUGUGCGAAAUACAAGUCCAAGCCUGCUAGUUUGGACGCCCUGAGGGAGAAACGAGAGGAGCUUACAAAGGAGGUGGCUCAGAGGCGACUGGAAGUCAGGGAUCUGAACGAUCAGAUGCAGGCCGUCCUGGGUCAGACACUCCAGCAGCAGAAAGAACUGGAUGAAAAGAAGGAAGUGAUAGAGAAGACCCAGGCUGAAAUGGCUCAACUAGUAAUGGCCCCUGUCCAGCUCCUGAAGGAGAUGGAACGAGUGCAGCACAGAAAGGCGUAA